AUGAACCAAGGACACUUCUUUCUUCUAUGCGUAAUUUCAAGGCCCGGGGUUCGUGAGCCCUUCCCCGAAGAAAUCCCAGCGCCACUUCCUGCUCCUGUUCCAGGAGCCCACCACGAGCCCGCUCGCGCAUCAGCUGGCCGAAAGCGUGCUGCUUCUGAUCCGGCUCCCAAUUCUGCUUCGCGUAGAAAGCUGGUAAGGCUUUAUUUCCCAGGAGAGGCCGAGAAGAUAGAGGUCAAGAUGCCUGAUCCCAGGAAGGCAGAGACUGAGCUCUAUAAGGACGUUAUCAAGAAGGCAGAGGCUGAGCUCGAGAAGGCAAAGAUUAAGAAGGAAACGCCCAAGAAGGAAACGCCCAAGAAGGCAACACCCAAGAAGGCAACGCCCAAGAAGGCAACGCCCAAGGUAACAACGCCCAAAAAGGCAGAGACUAAGAAGAGAGUGACCAGAAAAACCGAAAACCAAAGAGGAGCUCAUGAAGCUAGAGGCCAAAGACGCGGACAUUGA